AUGUUGUCCCCCAGUUCUGACUUUGAAUUAAUCAUCCGCCAGCAGCCCACUCGGGCGCGCGUGGCCGGUGGGAAGGAGAAAGAACGCAAGCCAGUCGAUCCCCCACCGAUAGUGCAGAUCCGAGUAAGAGAGGAAGGAACUUAUCUCGCGCAACACUAUCUGCAAAGUCCCUAUUAUUUUAUGUGCUGCAGCUUGUUCGAUCCCUCAGAUGAUGUUCCAGUUCCCGUACCGCCAUCCACAGCUUUGACCGGUACGUUAGUCUCGUCACUUCAUCGGCUGAAGGACGUGGACAACAACGGUACGUUGACCCCGAUGGGCAUGGUAGACGUCAAAUUGGCUGAGCUGACUGGUCCAGAUGGGGGCUUCUUUGUCUUUGGGGACCUGUCCGUGAAAGUUGAGGGAGAUUUUCGGUUAAAGUUCACACUCUUUGAAAUGCGAAAAGAUAUCGUUACUCAUCUGAAGUCCGUCAUCUCAGAACGCUUCACCGUGUCUCCCCCAAAGAGUUUUCCUGGAAUGGCAGAAUCGACUUUCCUGUCCAGAUCAUUCGCCGACCAGGGUGUAAAAUUGAGGAUCCGAAAAGAGCCGCGGACGUUGAUAAAGCGAUCCGUCCCGCGACCGGAGGAUUAUCCCCAGCCGGUUCCUCCUCGUUCUCCAGAUCGAUCUUCGAUUCAGAUGCCUGGGAAUACCUUUGGGGGGUAUCCAGCAGCCGCAGCUGCAGCGAGUCGAGACUAUGGUUAUUAUGCAGGCCCGGUCAAGCGUCAGCGCACGUCAAUUGACUUUGGUAACCGAGGCAUGUAUGAUGAUGGGCGGAUGCGCCAAAUGGAGGCUUAUCCGCAGACCGCGGCUAUGUAUGCAAACCAACCAGGGGCCUAUCCAACUCCUAUCAUGCAAGGGUAUCCUACAGGACACACGGGUGUUCCAGAUUAUGCGACGGGGGAUUCAACGGGUGCGAUGAUGCCGCAAGGGUAUGCAAGGCCACAGUACCAGGCGAGCUCUACAAUUCUGCCCCCUUUGCAACGGAGUCGCAACUUUGCACAAGGGGCCAACGGCGCGACGGCACGAGGUUAUUUUGAUCAAACUUCUCAGGGAGCAACCCCCAUCCUCCCCUCACAGCCGCUUGGUACGAAUGAAGCAGACCGAUAUGGCUCUGCACCUGGUCAGGCAACUUUCGAACACCCCGGCUCGUCUAAUGGAACACCCCGCUAA